UGCAAUCCUGCUGGCCUGUCCAAUACUUUGGAGCCAUAUGCUUAUCGAGGAAGCUGAUUUUGAGAGGGCGUGUCGAGCUGCUGCUCGAGGAGUGGCACCUCAGCAUAAAAGAAGAGUACGCCCGCGAGCCGCAGCCGUCGACUCCAAUGAUGGCGACUGGAGCGUCGCUGGUGGAUCCCGCUCUCAAACGUUUUGGCCACGGUUCGGAGAUAUCUGCCUUGCCGCGGCCGGUGUCCGUUGUGCCGUUCUCCUCGACUCGCGCCGCGCGCCCCGCCGAAGUCCUCCGCUAGCAGACGUUCUGCUGGCACUGCAGCACGAUCAACAGGAACGGCAGCAGCAGAAAGAACAUUGCGCGACUCGUGACUGCCAUUCCGACUGCGAUUGUAACAGCGGCGGCGUCGCCUGCUUGGGAUUGCUCGUUUUGGAAGGGUCGAGCUUCUUGGUCAACCGUGUUAUGCUUGUGCGUAGACUCAACGAGCUUUUUUCGGGUGAAACCAUCGCUGCAGAACCAGUAGACGAGAGGUUCAGGAGGUCGGCGACAUGUGCCACCGAUUGCGACAAGAAGAGUGGAUAUGGGACGGAGGCGGUGAGACCGGCGGUGGAUGGUGCCGCCUCAGCUCAUCAGCGACACUUCGAUCGCCGAGACUUGGCUCUCCUCGAUGUGAACAUGGCUCUGGCGGUGCCGAGUGAUCGCAGCGAUGUUCUCGCUCCAAGACUCUAUGCAGCUCUCCUCUGGGCGUUCGGCGGAGCAACGGUAGCGGCCACCGCGAAUAGCGUUGAAGAAGGGCGAGCCAGGGGACCGUCACCAACGCCACCACCACGAGGUACUAGCAGAGAGUCGACGGCGAUGGAGACCUCGGCGAAGAGCAACAGGGAGGAUAGGUUUUGUGGGGGCGACGGCGUACAUCGCGUGCCGCCAUCAGAACUAGAAGGGGGGGCACGCUGGCUGCGAGACUGGAGCAUGAAGGAGCUGGUUUUGGACUGUGAGAGUCUUGUUAAAACCUUGGGCGACGUCGGCCUCUCCGGGAUGGCCGGUUGGCUGCUCGAGUAUCCGGCGAUUUACUGCUGCUCCUCUCUCAACGACGGGACGACCAAUGGAAGCGACGGGAAGGAAAUGGAGCAUGCAAGGGGCAACUGCUUGGCUGCCGUACCGCUCACCGUCUACUCGCUAGCAGUCGACUUGGGCGACAAGGGGCGGGGCUCCUCCUCCCGCCCGCAGCCGUCGCUCGAUGAGCGCUCGGCGAGCGUUACCGGCGCAUGGUUCGAGGCCUUUAGCUUCAGCGUGCCCGAGGCGAUGUGUGGCCCAACCGAGACCGAGCAGGAUGAGGACGAAGUAAAUGGUGGUGGUGCGUGCGGGGAAAAUCGCGAGGAGCGACACCGGCGAACGGCUGCUGCUCUUCAUGGCCUCGUGGACAAUUUUGUACAGACAAUAGACCGUCGAUUAGCGCGACUUCGCAGAAGUGGCGUCAAUGGUAACGACUCCUUCUUAAGCCUGAAUGUUAGCAAGCGCAGAGCGACGCUUGACCAGGUUGCGCUUUAA